UGAGCCUGAACUGCAGAUCGCAGGGACUCGCUUGUGUAAUAGUUGGGGGCUACCAGUGGCACGGAGCUCAUGCUGCUGUUCCACUGAUGUGCCCCCCCCCAUGUCCCAAUAACAGCAGAAGACGGGCGGCGCAUGAGCGGGAGCCUUUUACGCGUUUGUACGAUUAACGAACAAUACGUGUAUUUACAACUCUUGUGCGUUGUGAUCAAAGUCAACACUGAGACAUUCUAUCCGCCUGUUUAAAAUGGGCUUGUUUUUAUUUAUCGCUGGAUCUGCCAACCCCACCGAGGCCACUGUCUAUGAGCAGGUUCUUCACUGUGAGGGUGUGAAUAAUAAAAGCUAUGUGUGUGAGACGGGACACUGUUGUGGAGAGUCCCAGUGCUGCAGCUACUACUAUGAACUCUGGUGGUUCUGGCUGGUGUGGGCCAUCAUCUUAAUCCUGAGCUGCUGCUGCAUUUGUCAUCAUCGUCGCACCAAACACAGACUGCAACAACAACAACGACAGCAUGAGAUCAACCUCAUUGCCUACAGAGAGGUUCACAACUACACCUCACUGCCCUUCUACUACAGAUUCCUACCCAACUAUCUCCUUCCAGAGUACGAGGAGGUAGUGCAUCGGCCCGCUACGCCCCCUCCUCCAUAUAGUGCCUUAAACGCCGGCCCUCCGACCUACACCAGCCCUUUAACCACUGACCAGCAGGAUGCACACUGCACACCCGGACAGACCACUCCAGUGCCCCCUGCAUCUGAAACGCUCUGUUCCAGACCCAGCCUAGAGGAGAUCCACACCUCUAAUGGGUACCACCAGAAAGAAGACGGCAAGGGCGAGAUGGAGUUAGAGCGGGGCAGAUCAGCACAGAGCGCUCAGCAGCCUCCCAGCAUGGAGACGCAGAACGAGUGCAGGAAGGAGCCUGACGAGAAAGAGAGGAUUCUGGGAAGACAUCGCAGAUUCACGGGGGACUCUGGGAUUGAGGUGUGUGUUUGUGGACGAGGCUUGGAGAGCCAUGAGCCCAAAGAAUUCGAGGGGCUUUUGAGCGAGGAGGACUCGGAGGAUUUCUGUGAGGAAUGUGGCCUUCGUUCCUACGGAGAGGAAAAUCAGGGACUUCUGUCCCCAGAAAACAGGGUGGAGCGUGGAGCAUCGCCAAUGUCCCAAUCUCAACCUCAUCCGGUCUGCCUCUAUUUGCAUACUAUUAAUGAACAAGAGGGUCCACAACAUAGUAACACAGAAUCGUAAAGCUAAAUGCAUGACAUUACUGUAAAAAAAAAAAAGUGAGAGGAGGACAA